UGGCUCCUCGGCACCCUCUCAGCCGCAACCUCAAUCGGCAUGGGAGCUUUCGGUGCCCACCGCCUCCAAAAACGAGGCAUCGCACCCCAGAAAAUCGCUUCGUUUCAGACGGCGGCGCAUUAUCAGUUGCUCCACAGCCUCGCCCUCCUCUUCACACACCAAGUAUGCCCGAAAAAUAUCUGGGCUAAAGGAUUCUUUACGGCGGGGAUUUUUAUGUUUUGUGGGUCGAUUUAUGGAUUGGUUUUGGAUGGAGAGAGGUUUGGGAAGGUUUUGGGACCGGCGACGCCGAUGGGGGGAGUUUCUUUUAUUGCCGGGUGGGUGGCGCUUGCUUUUGGGACGAGGGGGAGGGGUUUGGGUGGCGCUCGCUUUGGGGGGAGGGGGAGGGGGGUUGCGCUGUGA